ACUGCUGCUAACACAGAACUUUUAGUAAACAAUACAAGUCCAAACAGUUGCAGUGGGACUUUGUCUUGCCUGUAUUCCUUGUACCCUCUACAUCAUGAGAAUGGAUCAAGAGCACAAUGGAGACAAAGACACUACCCUGGAACUGGAAUCAGAGCCUGAAAGUCCUUCGGUGCCCCCUACGGAUCUGUUAACACCAACUGGUCUCUAUGCAUGGACUUUUCGCGAUCAUGGCAGAAAAAAGUUAUUUCCACCUCCAGAAAUGAUGCAAAAACUUAGUGAACAGAGGAGCAACCCUGUGUUUCUAGAGUGUAGGAUCCCAAGAAUGACAGAUGACAUGGCCAGAAGUGCUCUGCUCAGCUUCGUCAAUUCCAAAUGUUGCUAUGGCAACAGAGCUGCAGGCGAGCUCUUUAUUCGGGAAUUGAAGCCACAGACGUCCUACAGAUAUCGUCUGGAAACCUUUAAUGAAACGAGAUCAUGUGAAUGGACAUUUGAGCCUUAUACCAAUACUUUGGUAGAUGGUCCCCAAAAUGGUGUAUCUCCUCGACCUUGGGAUAUUAGAGUCCAGGUUCCACAAAUGUUUCAGGAAGACACAAAAAAGUUUCGUGUUCCGCAUUCUUCUUUACUCAAGGAAUGUCAUAAAUGCCAUGGCUGGGGCCGAUACAAAUGUAGUGGAUGCCACGGUGGAGGCAGGAUGAGGUGUGUCACAUGUAAUGGAGCCAGAAAAGCCAAAGCCAAACAUUUAAAAUGUCAUAAACGGUGCCAGAUGUGCUCAGGUACAGGUCGCAAAAGGUGCAGCACCUGUUCUGGAAGAGGCAACAAAACCUGUUCAACCUGCCAAGGAGAGAAAAAGUUGCUACAUUUCAUCCAGUUAAUAAUAACUUGGAAAAACAAUGUAUAUGAGUUCACUUCUGAACACCAACUAAGCUUUCCAAGAGAACUGCUCACUAAAGCUAUGGGUGAAAAUAUACUUAAAGAUGAAAAUACUCUGGUGUAUCCUCUUGUUGAUUUCCCUAACCCUGAGAUCUCACUGGCUUCGCAAAGGGCUAUUGCAGAGCAUCAUGACACACUCACCAGCACAUCUCGUGUUCUACGGCAGCGACAGACCAUAGAGCUAAUUCCUAUGACUGAAGUCCACUACCAAUAUGCUGCAAAGUCAUAUAUUUACUAUAUCUACGGAAUGGAGAACAAGGUCUAUGCCCUAGACUAUCCAGAAAGAUGCUGCUGUGGCUGUACCAUAAUCUGACAGUGGAAUACUGUCUGAGGAUUCCUUACAUAAAACAAGCUAUUUUUAUGUCUGAAUUAUCUACAGAGUGGGAUGAUAUGGGUCCCCUGCUUAAUGCUGUGAUAAACAGGGUAACCUUUUGUUAUCCUGUUUCUCCAGACUAGGAAGCUGAAGGCAUGGUAAUCAAACCUCCGAAGUCUUAUUUCUUCUAUCAUUUAAACAAUAUGUAUCUAAAUAUGUAUCUCAAAAUAUGUGUGUCUAAUAUACAUUUUCUGGAAAAGCACCUUGGAGUGUAAACUACAUGUCUAUUCUCUCGUAAGUCUACUGUGUUACUAGGGCAGUCGCUACUGAAUCUAUAGGAGUACAGCCUGAAGCAGGAGGUGUGAGAUGAUGGAAACAGGAAUAAUUCCAGAAACCUCUGGAAAAGCAAGUUAUGAUAUAUGAAUUGAUACCAUUUUCUUUAAAAUUUGAAUUGUUUUGCAUCUGAUUUUGGUUAAGUGAGAGGCAAGGGGCUUCAGUUCCCAGUCCUAUAGCUGUUAGAAAAUUGUUGCUUGUGCACUCUAUAGAGAAAUAUGUAACACGAAUUUAGUUCUUCCAAGAUAUAGUAAUGAACUACAUUACAAGCUUGAGAUAAAACACUUAGAGUAUAUUAUACUGAGUACACAACAUAUUUUUAUAUGGAAAACACAAAUGUAUAAUAAAAUCUAU